GCUAUGUGCUAGCAGCUAUGGCUAUAUAUCCUCAAGUUCGGUCCGAGACAUCCAGGCGGGAUUUCAUCGACAGAUGAAAAUGUCCGCGUUUUAUCGUUCUUUUGGGGACGAAUAUUUUAGCUUAUCUAAAAUAACUGGCGCGACGCAUGGAACAUGACAGCCUUUCUCCAACCGGAGCUGCUGCCUGGUGGCUGGUUCGGCGCGAACGGCGGGGAAAGUGCGCGGGAUGAUGUCUUCUGCUAUGGGACUUAGAAGAAUGUCACCUCUAAGGAUUGCACUUGCAGCCCUUGUGCUCCUCGUGCUAGCAUUGCAGGGAUCGACAACAUUAACAAACGAUUCCCCAUUUAUUCUGAUGAACAAGGCCACUGGGUUUUGUUUGGCCAAAAGAGGUACUCGCUGCACUGAAAUUCGCUGGACAACCAGUAACCGGCUUUUUGUGGUUUCGACCAAGAAAUGUCUGGGUGCUCAGGGCAAAAGUGUGGGGAGUGAGGUGAGCCAGUACGACUGCGACGAAAACAGUGACCUACAGAAGUGGGACUGCCAAAACGGAACCCUGCUUACUCUGAAAGAUCAGCCGUUCUACAUUGAAGUCAAAACAGAUGAAUCAGUCGUUCUGUCCAAAACUGUUGGGCCGAACAACCACCUGACCAUUGCAGGGACAUCUAGUGGUGCCUGUACAAGAACACACAGAGAAUAUUACACAAUUGGAGGGAAUUCGUUUGGCAAAAUCUGCAUGUUUCCCUUCAUGUACAAGGACCGAUGGUUUGGUGACUGCACCACUUAUGACUCCAAAACGAAGCGCAGCUGGUGUGCAACUGAAACCAAAUAUCAGCAUGAACAGUGGGGAUACUGCCCAUCGUCUUCCACAGAACACUGGAACAGAAACAUUGUUACAGGAGCUUAUUACCAGGUGAACAUGCAGUCAGCUCUGACCUGGGCUCAGGCUGACGCCAGCUGCAAACAGCAGGCUGCGUUUCUGGUUAGCAUUGUUGAUCCGAUCGAGAAAGCCUUCAUCACAGGACUAACAGGAACAGGAAGAAACAAGCUUUGGAUUGGAUUGAGUUUGGGCACAGAACAUGGCUGGCAGUGGACCGACGGAAAGCCCUUCCGGUACAUGAAGUGGGAUGCCGGGCACCCACUUCCUAACCCUGGACACAACUGUGCGCUUCUUGACACUGCUGGCCAGUUCUCGUGGCAAAGUUCCACUUGCACAAAGAAACUUGGCUACAUCUGCUAUAAAGGAGGAACCCCGCCAGCUCCACCACGAUUUGAAGACGGACUUUGCCCAGAUCACUGGAUCCCUUACAAUGGACACUGUUUUUACCUUCAGCGCACCCCAAAGUCAUGGUCCAGUGCUCUGACAGAGUGUCGCAAAGAGGGAAGUGAACUCGUGAACAUACGCAACAUUGAGGACCAAAGCUUCGUCAUCUCUCAGCUUGGAUAUGCAUCUACUGAUGAGCUUUGGAUAGGACUGAAUGACAGAACCACUGAAGGGUUGUUUGACUGGAGUGACCACACGACCGUCACCUUCACCAGCUGGGAGCCUGAAGAACCCACAGUGUCCACUGAUGAAGAAGACUGCGUUCUCAUGAAAGGAGAGAAUGGAAAUUGGGCGGACCGAUCCUGCGAUGAAAAGCACGGAUAUAUUUGUAUGAAGCAAAGUGCCACUGACGGAACUGGAGAUGUAAUAGAGUUACAUUUGGAUGCCGGCUGCAAAAUUGGCUGGAGAAGACAUGGCUCUUUUUGUUACUUUGUGGGCACUGAGACCAAAACCUUUGAUGAAGCUAAAGAAGACUGCCAGAGCUCAGCUUCCUACUUAGCUGAUGUCUCAAAUGGGGUGGAUAAUGCCUUCCUUGUGAGUCUGGUGGGACUGAGACCGGAGAAACACUUCUGGAUCGGUCUCUCUAAUCAGAAUAACCUUGAUAUCUUUUCCUGGACCAAUACAGAGUUUGUGAGAUUUACUCACUGGAAUUCUGGAAUGCCAGGUAACCAACAAGGUUGUGUUGCUAUGGCGACUGGGGUUUUGGCUGGACUCUGGGACAUACUGCCCUGCACCAACAAGGAGAAAUACAUCUGCAAAUGCAUGGCAGAGGGGGUAGUUUCAACGGUACCGCCCCAAACUCAAACUCCUCCCCAGUGUCCAGACGGUUGGAAUCGAGUGGGGACAAGAAGUGUUUGUGCGAAGUUUUUCACAGGACCACGUUCAGAGGAGAAGACCUGGUUUGAAGCCAGAGAUUACUGCAGGGCGAUAGGAGGAGACCUGUUAAGCAUCCACAGCUCUUCUGAACUAAUGGUUGCAAGGGAACCAUACCUAACCAUACCUUAUUUGCCUGAUGUGAUGCUUGGAUCAAGACUGUCUCACUUUCAUGUGAUGUCCUCCCUUUCCCAAGCUGCUGCCUACAGAGGUGGCAAAGCUUGGAUUGGACUUCACUUUGAAAAUCCAAACGGUUAUGUAUGGACUGAUGGAAGUGCGUUGAACUUCCAGCACUGGCAGGAAGGAGAACCAAACAACUUCAACAAUGAUGAAAGCUGUACUGAAUUUGUGAUGUAUAACUGGGACGAGCAAGGCUCCUGGAAUGAUCUGAACUGUGAAAGCUACAAUGACUGGUUGUGUCAGAUUCAAGCAGGAGCAACUCUAAAACCACCUCCCAACAAUACAGCAGCAGAAUUUAAUACCACAUCUGACGGUUGGCUUAUAUGGAAAGGGAGACAAUAUUACCUGAACAGAAUGGCUAAAUCUAUGGAAGAGGCUCGUGACUUCUGCAAAAGGAGACAUGGCGACUUGGUAGUAAUCAACAAUAAAGAGGAAAACAUUUUCUUAUGGAAACAGAUUUCAAGAAGCUAUGGAUCGUGGUACAUAGGCUUAUCAGUGGAUCUUGAUGGCUCAUUUUGGUGGUUGGAUGAUACUCCGGUGUCUUAUCAAAGAUGGGAUGAAAAUCAGCCGAAUUCCAAUGCCUUUGAUGAGAACUGUGUUAUGAUGGGGCAUCAUAUGGGGUAUUGGCGUACUUCUAACUGCGGAAGAGAGGCUCAGUCCAUCUGUGAAAGAUCAAACUCACCACCUGUCAACACCACUGCAGCCCCAACAGUAUCUCUCGUAGGUGGAUGUAUGGCUACAUGGAAAAAAUUUGGUUCAAAGUGUUACAAAAUAGUGAGUGACCGCAAGGUGACUUGGGAAGAUGCAAGAACUCAGUGCGCCAAUUUUGAUGCCAAAUUAGUUUCCAUUCCUACACGACAAGUUCAAGCAUUCUUGAUCACCAAAAUGCUUACUGCAGCAAAUACGGAUCUAUGGAUAGGUUUAAACAGUUUAAGUCAAGAUGGAUUUUUCUGGAGUGAUGGAAAAACACGGCAAUACACCAACUGGGGUUAUUCUAAAAAUCAGAGACGUCCCGGAUCAUUUUAUCAAAGAUGGAAUGAGGAGGAGUGCGUGCUGAUGUCCAGCAGUUCAGCUUUCGGGAUUGGUAAAUGGUUGAUAAAGUCAUGCAAUGACACAAACGGAUUUAUUUGUCAUAAAGAUCUCAAUACGGCUAUCAAAGAUAACUCGGAUCCAAUCAGUCCUACCACUUAUGAGAGUCUGGGAAACGACAGCAUCAAGGCUGUGACUCAAAAUCUGACAUGGGCCGAAGCCAAGAAAUCGUGUGAAAAUGAUAAGGCCAACCUGGCUAGCCUGCGAACCGAGUGGACAAAUGCCUAUGUUGAAUUACUGGCUUUGACUCUCAAAACUCCUCUGUGGAUUGGACUUAACAAAGAUGAGACAAAAGGUUAUUUUAGGUUUAUUGAUGGCUGGCACUUGAGCACCACCAACUGGGCCGAAUUUGAACCAAGCAGGAAUAAACCGUGUGUGUAUAUCGAUGUGGAUGGAAAAUGGCGGACAGCUUUCUGCAACCAGACUAUGAACAGUGUCUGUAUGAUGUCAACAGACGUUCCCCCUACAGAGUCCGCUGUAUUUCCUGGACGCUGCCCUGAAGAUACCAAUGUGGAGUACCAGGAUAGUUACACCUGGUUGCCAUACAAAGGCAACUGUUAUCUGUUUGUCACAGAUGAAAUUGAAUGGGCAGAUGCAGCUAGCAGUUGUGUAAGACAUGGUGGUGUCCUGACAAGUAUUGAAGAUCCCAUGGAGCAAGCAUUUCUCCAUAGCAACAUACAAGUAUUUCAAGACAGCCACAUCUCUUUUUGGGUUGGUCUAUUUAAGACUCACAGAGGGUCGUGGGCAUGGCUUGAUAAAACUCUCCUUGACUAUGUCAACUGGGGUGAAGAUGAACCGGAUUCUGAUUUUGGAGCCAUAACAACUAAAGAUGGGACAUGGAGUUCAGGGCGCAGAUGGCACGACAGAUCGUACAUCUGUAAAACACCCAAAGUUAUGUUGACAGAUGCAGGUCAAAAACCGAACCCUCAACACCGAGACGAUCCACACAGUCGUGUCCACACAAGUUUGGUGGUCGCGAUGCUUAUUGCCAUCAUCUCGAUAAUGACUCUUUUCGCUUUCUUGCUCUACAAGAGAUCCCCUCGUCCCUUCCCCACCUUCGACAAUCCACUGUACUUCAAUGGCGAAAAAUCUCAGCCUGAUGUGGUCGACACCAAUAAAUUGAUCGAGAAUGCUGAAGUCUCCGAAAUCUCCCCAGAAAAUCCAGAGCCCAUUUUAAUUCUGUGAUUUAGGAGUUUGCAGAAGUCGAAGUUGUGCAAACUAGUCUGAGAUUAAUUUUACUGUAAACACAACCAUGCUUCAGUAUUUUUGUUUUUAAUGCAAACAAUAAAUAUUCAGUAAUUUAACAAUAACUGUAUUUGUUCUUUCUCUACCCAUGGCAGAUUGUAUAUAUAAUGGCUACAUGUGAAGCUCAUUUUCUAGAUGCUGUUUAUUGCUUUUACUGUUUGAAUGUAAAAUGGACACAGCCUGUCAAUGUUAAAAAAAGACAUUAAAUCUUUCACAAUAAUAUACUGUUCAUUUUUUUAUUACAUUUCCUCAUCUGUUCAGGAUUGAACAAUGUCAGCUCUGUAGUUAUUGAUUUCUUUGAACAAACUCUGCAUAAAGAUAAAGAAAGGAGGGAGAAUGUUUCUUUCUACUGUAAUCAUGUUAGAGGAAGUCAUAAAAACUUUCCCUUGGCACAUUUAUAUAUGACAGCUCUUAAUUUAGUACAACAUAUUUUCAUCAGAAAAGACAUUUCCUGUCAAAUUCUGUCGAAAGAAAUCACAUUUAGACUGAGCUUAGUGGCACUGCUUAUAUGUUAAAAUUUUUAAAUGCAUAUCUUUAAAGUACAUUAAGUGUAUUUGUACUAAAUGGAUCCAUACUGUAUGUUUCAUGAUGACUGUACUCCAAGGUAGCAGAAUAGUGCUUAGUGCCAAUAUAAAGCAAAGAUGUCUGUAUAAGAACACAAGAGCUACUACAGACACAAACCCAAGGAACGUUUCUGAAUUUUGGUUUGAAAUACGAUCCUUUAUUGUUAAAAGAUAACACCGCAUAUUUGCUCCCCUGCAUGUUUACAGUCAGUUUAUUCCUCUGCUGAAAAUAAAUGUACUUGAAAGU